GUUUGUAGACAACGUUUUGAGAAUAAAUAUACGCAUAUGUUAAAACCGUAACAGGUUAUAGGCCUAGGUGGCUUGCUAGUUAAGCGAUUGUGCUGAAAAACGUGCUGUUUGGAACAAAAUUGUUUAAAUUAAAUCUGCACGAAUAGUAGUCGUUGAAGUGACAUUUUUUUUGUAUGGGAAUCGCCGACUAUAAAACAUUUGAUACAAAACUAGGCAUAACAAUGGGUGAUAAUGUGAAAAUAUAUCAAAUCCAUCGAUUCAAUGGUGACAAUUUUCAUCUUUUGUGUCGUCAAAUGGAGAUUUUUAUGGCUGAAAAUAAGCUUAAGCCAUAUAUCCUUGGUACCGAAGUAAGAACAGAUCAAAAUGCUACCACGUGGGAUGUGAAAGAUGCAGAAGCUCAAGCAUUUAUAAUGCGAGGUUUAGAACUGGAGCAACUCAAACAUUUGUCGGACUGUAACACUGCGGCUAAGAUGUGGUCACGUUUAAAAACUGUACACUCCGAGAAAAGAGAUCAAUCUAUUCAAGCGUUGCUGCAUAAAUUCUUCAACUGCAAGAUGGAGGAUUGUGAAAAGGUCGCAGACUUUAUCGCAAAAAUUGUCUCUUUUGCGCAACGAUUAAAGGACAUGGAAAUGAAACAGAAAACCCCCGUGAUUAUUACGAAGAUCCUUACAAGCCUUCCACCGAAAUUUGAUAACGUGAGAACUUCUUGGUAUGCUGUGGCGAGAGAAAAUCAAACUAUCGAGCGGCUAACGGAUCAUCUCGUUAACGAGGAGGCUAUUUUGAAUUUGAGAACCACAACAGGUGAGGACACACCGAUCGGAGCCGCGUUCGUUUCUACGAGAGGUGAACAUCUGAGGACGCCAAGUAGCCAAAGUACAAAAAUACAUUGAAUACUUCUCUUGUUGAACACUCCUGACUCACAUGUUCGCGGUGAUUGAGGGGAUGCGUGACUAGGGACUACACUGGCCCGAAUAUGAUUCAGUGGACAGUGAACAUGUUAUUAUUGUACAAAUAAUUAGUCUUAAAAUUAAAACAAAAUUUAAUCAACUUCAAAAUGAAAUAAUUUUUCAAAUUUUCUUAUGACAAAAUUUUAUCCAAUGAGUAAAAAUCUAAUAUAAUAUUUCAAUUACAUUAUGAAUGUAAUUAUUUUAGUUAAUUACUUUUUUAAGUCGGUGUCAAAUAACUUCAGUCGAUAAAUUUAAACCUUACUAUACAUAAGGUAGUUAGGGUAGCUACUUCAAAAUUUAUUGGAUAAAAUGUUGCCAUUAGAGAACUUAAAAAGUUAUUUCGCCCUUUGUAGUUCUUUAUUUGAAGUCGGUUAAAAUUAAAUACAAUU